AUGCGUCCAUCCCUUCUUCUCCAAAUCGUGCUCUCAACCACCGUUGUCACUACACUUUUAUUCUCUUCGUUUCUCGCCACCCAUGUAUUCGUUCAUGCUCAAGCAGCAGCAACGGUAGCAGCAACUGCAGGUGCAGCUGGUGGUGGAGUGCAAGCUGGUCAAAUGGCAGCAGGAGCCACUCUCGAUCGAUACAACUCUGAUACAUUACUCUAUAAGGAUAAAAUUCAAGCAUUAAUGUUUGUCCCUUUCAGGGCUUAUUCGAAUGCGUAUGGUCCGUAUGGAACCUCACAACGAGUGUAUGGAGGAAGUCCCUAUGCACCUAUGGGAGCUUAUUAUAAUACGUAUGGAUAUCCCACUUAUGGGGGAGGUUAUUACGGAGGAGGGGGUAUGCCUUAUUAUCCUUAUUAUGGAAACAAUUAUUAUUACUCGAGUCCUUAUGCAGUUCCUUACCAUUGA